GGUGCUCUCAGUAGUCCAAAAAAAAAAAAAGAACCUAAAGUCCCUAAUAUAGAUUGAAAAUGAACAUUGAUCUUUCGUCCUUACUCGUAGAAGCUGGCAAUGACGUUGUUAAAAAUGCAAUGCCCAAACCCAAAGGGGUCGGAAACCCUUGGUAUAGACAGCCACAGUGCUGCUGCUUUUUGUAACUUGGCACUCGGUUGAUCAUUAAGAACAAAUGAAGACACCUGGCAUCUUCAGUCUGAAUUGCCCUCCUCAUCUUGCUUCUCUGACGGCCUUUUUCAGCUCGUUUAAACCUUGGUGCUAGCCUCCAGGUCAGCAAAUGGAACCGCUCCACCAUAUUUCCAAUGAAUCUGAAAACCCUGAGCACCCCGUUCUCUCUGGGUACGUCUGUGAAUGACUGUAAGGUAGAAUAUGUUUUAAGUUUGUGCUUCAGUUCCCUCAACAUCUGGACACUGUCGUUCACAUCUGAGACACUGGUGGAAAUUGUCACUCAUGAUUUUGUAUUUUUUUUUUGGAUUUGAAAUAGUCCUGCAAAGAUUAUAUUCAAUUACAGUUACUUGGUGAUGCUCUUAUCCAAAGUAGUAUUCAUAGUAUUUCAGAAUUAAGAUACAAUUUCUGUUCCAUAUUUCCAUUUUUUCUCAGAAUGUAGGACUCUCAUUUGUAUUUGUAGGCCUGCCCCAUUUCUGUAGCAUUUUCUGCCAGUUCAGUUUGCCAGACUGGUGGGUGCUUUAGUGCACCCUAUCCAGCUACAGCACAGAACACAUGAAACAUAACAUAUUAAAGUGGUGACAUUAAUGUGUAAGUGAUAUACAUUAAUGUUUUCAGUAUUAAUAUAUUUUAUUUGUUCAGAUUCGUUUCAUUCUUUGACAUUUUUGACAGCUGGGAUUUCGCUGAUGUGGUUCUGCUUAGCACCUUGCUCAAGGGUACUAUGGUAGUGCUUUGCCUGGGAAUCAGAUCAAAUAAAAUCUAUGAGAGUUCGGGCCACAUGAAAAUUUGCAAACCACGAAAACCCUGUGCAAUUACAGCACCAUUUUUUGAGGGCCCCUGUCAGUCCAAGCUUUUGUAAUUGCCCAGACCACACCCAUCCCCAUACGGUGCUGGCGGUUACAAGACAAUUCUCUCAAUUUUUUCUACACAGUAGCACUUCCUCUAUGCAAAUAAAUUCACAAAUAACCUUGUUAGUCAUUGAGCUCAGCGCAUCAUAACAAAUUGUCCAACAAAUAAAGUUUGUAAAAUGACACUCUGAAAUACUGACUUCUAUUUACAGAUCAGUCGGUCACAAACAAUUGCAGGAUCUGAAGUGGGUCUUAGAUGUGGCUGUUCCUUUUGUGUCUGUCACAGAAAUUUCCGGUGCUAUUGUCUGUGUCGUUUCCAUCUCUGAAUCAGUUACCAGCCCACAGCUGUGCCAUGACGAGAGCUUUCACGGUGCUGGAAAAUGGUCUGCUCAUAAGGGUGAGAGCUGCACCGAGGGACCGGUGGUAGACCAUUGCAGGGGGUGUGCUGAUCUCUUCAGCCAUAUCGACGGUUUGUUGAAGGGAAUGAGGUUUUGCAUGGGUUUGUGAUGAGUUCCCUUCUGCAGAUCCUCUCUCUCCUUGCCAUUCACUGUACAGCAAUGGGCUAUAAACUUGGAGCACAUGGAAUUGAAGGUGGACAUUUAGAUAUCCGGUGUCCAUAUCCAGACGGUUAUCAACAUCUUCCAAAGUACGUCUGCCGUCAUCCAUGUUGGAAAAAGGAUGUUCUUAUCAGAGGUGCCCAGUCGGAUGUCUAUGAACGUUCUGGAAGAUUCUCUCUGUAUGACAAUUCCCUUGGCCGUUUUUUCACUGUGACCAUCCAAAAACUGAAUCUACAGGAUGGUGCCUUGUAUUACUGUGGAAUAGACACAUGGGGCAUAGACAAGAGGGACAAAGUGCAAGUGACUGUCAGCAAAGCGGUGGAUCCUGCAGUCACACUGCCCCUCUCUGCUGCUGGGUCUGAUGGGAAUGGCAGCAGCUUCAUCAGAACACCUGGCAUGGCCUCCACAGAUCGAACUUAUCUUUCAAAUCUAUCCAUGGAAACUGCCACGCCCCCACUGCCAUUUAUAUAUCUGGAUGGGAACAAAGGGGUCACGGACAGCCUGGUUGCGAUUGGCCCAGCUCUCGGUGUGUUGGUGUGUUUAUUUCUGGCUGCUCUUGCUGUCCAACUCAAAAGAUCAGUUUCAAAUCCUCUUGCCUUAAAACCAGCAGGUUUGUCUGUCCCUGUAGACACUGUACAGGGGGAAGAGGACCCUGAACAUGUGUACGAUGAGUACGGUGAGAUGACCGUAUACAGUACUGUUGGCUUGCCCGUGGAGAACUCUGAGGGGGGAUACUGCACGGUGCAGUUCUCUGACCUUCCACCGGGGCAGAUGAGAAUGGCCUGUACUGGUGAUGCCCCACUGAACGAAGAACACCUUCUGGAAGAGAAGCUUACUCUUGGGCUUAACUGCAGUCCUGCAGGCUGUUGUGUAUGUUAGUUUUUGGUGUGUUUCAGCAAUAAAAGCUAGUUAAGACAUUGAUUGGCUAAAAGGUCCACACACCUGGUUUCCAAUACCUAAAUUGAGUGUUGAAGGAAAGGUCUGUGUGUGGGCGAUGCCACAGUGUGGGCUUGGUGUGUGUGCUGUUUUUUGUUUUUCUAACCCAUUAUUCUGGUUUAACUUUUCAUUUUCUAAGAAGCUGCACUACACCAGUGUUGGCUCAGUCCAGUAUCAGACAGUAAAACGAUUUCACCAAGGACACACACACAGUCUGCAGCUGAGGCUCAUGACUUGGCAAAAAUGUUUGAUCAAAUAAAUUGAGAAAUAAUUAAAAGCCGAAGUUGGCACAAAACUCCAUAAUGGAAUAUCCCCAGCUUAGUAGGUGCCCCAGCUGAUAUACCACAGACAUACUGUCAGACUUGGAACGUUUUCACAAACACUGAUGAUGGAAGCUGUGGAAAAACUGCACUCUAAGGUUGUUUCCACGGAGAUGCUUCAAUACGCCGUUGAGAGAUGGCAUGAAAAAGCUUUAAACUGCUGAGUGUUAAUCAUUCUACAACAUUUUAGUGCAUUCCAACGAAUAAGGAUGAAAUUAUCAAGAUUGUAAAAUAUAUUUUUUUAAACGAACACGAUCACUUAUUUGUAUCUGAAGUGGUUCAGUUUUUGAUGAAGCCAAACGAACAGGCCCAGUAGGUAGGAGUUUAAAUCAGAAGUGUGACCCAAAAAUGGGCUUGGUGCUGCAGCUAUGCCAGCACUUAAUAACACUGGUUGGUAAAGUUCCCAUCACAGUCAGGUAGGGUGCUUUCAGCAGUGGGGCAUAGGCUCUACUGAUUCUCUUAUUAUUGUUAAUGAUCUGGGCAACUAAAAAUGGAUGAAUACAGAUACAGCAUAAAAAAGC